GACAAUCGAUCGGCAACACUAGAAUUUUAUCGUGAUUUUAUCUCAAGUCAAGAGAGAAAUCCGAGAGAAGUUGGGAGUUUAUUUUUAUUUGGGAUCAUUUGUCCACUUGUUUGGUUUUUUGGUUUAGUGCUGUGGUGAGGUGAGGUGGAAAUCUCAAAACUUCAUACCUACUUAUAGUUAGUGUCUCACUUUGGUCAGUGUUCUUUCGCUAUGUCUGUCCGCGAACUUACCAUUACUUUGGUUGGGGUAAAGAAAAAACCUGAUGGUCCCUCAUCAAGUAAUAUGAGCAAGUCAUUCAAUAAUGAGCUUGGUUGGGAAGAUGGACAGGAUGAUGACUUUAUGGAAGAUAACUUCGGACCUCCUAUACAAAAAGGAAAUAAAAUGCCUGGUCCAGGGAACUUCAGAAAUAGGCACUAUCAGAAUGCAUAUGGAAAUUAUAGAGGUGGUUAUGGUCCACAAGGAGAAUAUGGUCCACCCAUGGGUCCGCCCCCCGAAUUUGGAUAUGGGCCUGGUCCGAAUUUUGGUCCAGGACCCAAUUUUGGCCCAAGACCUCAUUUUGGCCCUGGGCCACAUUUUGGCAUGAGUCCUGAUUUUGAUUCUCAUCCUAACUUUAUGUGGGGUAGAGGUUUUGGACCAGAUGGACCACCAAAUCAGAAGCAGGAACAUAGAGCUCUUCGAUUACUUGCAAGAUGUGGAGUUCCUAAAGAAAACAUGAAGAAUUUGCCAAGGUCAUUAUUGCAAUUGAUUGAGCCGACUUACUGUGGCUUAUGUUCUAUAAACCUGGAGUCAUUUGCUGUUUCCCGAAUGCAUUAUGUUUCAAAAAAUCAUCAGAAGAAUCAGAAAAAGUGGCUUUCUAACCAUUCCGAAAUGGGGGGAAUGGGUGGACACCACCGUAAAGAGGUGCCCGUGAAGUCUCGCGAGCUGUACUGUGAGCUGUGUGACGUGCACAUCACGUCUAAAAGCCACGCGGACUCGCACUAUUCCGGAAAGCCGCACCGCGCUAUCGUCGAGGGUCGCAAGCUCGCUAAAAAUCCUUAUCUCCUUCAACGUGGCAUGGAAAGUAGAUUGGAGAUGCUUAUUCGUCGAGAAAAGAAACACCUGAAAGCCGACGACAGCGCUCCCAAAGAAGAACGGCCCAAGCCCUCUAAGCCUGUGGCGCCGGAGCUCUACUGUGAUAUCUGCAAGACGUCUGUGACGUGCACUGAGCAAAUGACCAUGCACUUAAAUGGUAAACGGCAUCUUACUAAAGAAAAGCAACACAUCCUGAAGAUGAUGACGGGUCAGACCGACGAGUCCACCGCCGCUGCUGAUGAAGAUAUGAACGACAACGCAGAAGAUGAAGAAACAGGCGAUAAUGAAGGAGCCGAAGAAGACGGCCAACAAGUUGAUUACGAUUGGGGUAACGGCAGCGGAAAUUGGGACGAACCGGCAGAAAGGAAUGAAUAACAGCUGGAACAACAUAGUUGUACUUUGCAGAAUUCAUAAGUUACAGUAUGGUUACAGUAUAAGAAAAUAUAAUUCUAUCAUUAAUUUAACAAACAGUUAACAUUUGCUACUCUUUAGGUAUUAAUCUUAUAAUACGACGAUUCCUACUCCAGCUAAUCAAAAAACAAUAUUUUUUUAAGAAUAAAAGCACUUCUGUGCUUUUAUAAACAAGUAUAUUGUAAGGUUGAUUGUAACCUAACCUUAUGGGGAAUAAAUAUUAUAUCCAUUCA